AUAUUUAAUAAUAAUGUACAUAAACUUAAGUAGAAAUGUUCAUUUCUAAUUAUUAUGUGUAAAUACUAUUAACUUAGUGUAUCUCCAAAAUGAUGAUUUAUAAUACAGCUGGAGAAAAGGAUGUGGGUAAAACUUCAGCAGCUUCAGAACAAAGAAUUGAAGAAUUUUCUAGAACUGACGCAGCAACUGGUUCAAAACUUGAUGCUGACACUAGGUCAGAUAAUGAAGGAUUGCCUAGAACAGGAUCUGGUUCAGUGGUUGAUGCUGACCCUAGGUCAGAUGGUGGUGAAAAAAUUGAUGAUCCAAAAAACACAGUUGGAGGUGGAAAACAAAACAAGGAAGAUGUUUUUGAAAAAACAAAAAAUGAUGAAAAAGUGGAGGGGUAAAAUCCUGAAGACAUGUCUUACUAUUAGGGUUAUGUAAUGGUGUAGGAUAAAAUAUCUAGAUGGAACAAUUUAACUUAUGUUACUAUCGUGUUGUAACUUGAAACUGGUGUUUCUCAAACUAUUGUAUGUGUGAACAUUAUUUUGUUGAAUAUGUAAUAUGAAUGUGUGGUUUAUGUUAAAUCAAUAGGUUUAUGUUAAA